AAUCGAACCGAUUUUUUCACGUAAAACGGCGUGGCUGGCUAUGGUGGUGCCAAGUAAGCCCUAUUUGCAUGGGACACGUGGGUGCUACUGGAAGUGACACGUAACACUUGGCGAAAAUGGAAAGCCUUGGCGAUGGCGCUGGCGCUUUGCGCAGGAGGACGAGGAAUCUAGAUCUUUCUAUUCUCUCCCUCUUCUUUUUCUUUGUUUAGGGCCCGGGAAUAGGGAGAGCAGAGCUGUUGUGGCGAUAUUUUAUUGUCUUGCAUUGCAUGGCUGCUAAUAAGCGCGACUUGGCAUGAUGCGUGUCAAGAUCACAGCGAUCCAUCAUUUUCGUGCGUAAUCGCAUCCACAUCUCCUCCUCCUAGCUUACUAGGUCUAGAUUUCGAGCGCGCUCGGGCGGGAAUGGGGCGAUUUCGUCUGGAAUGCGUCCUCUGGUUGCUGAUUCUUGCGCAGCAGGCCUGCGCUGCGAGAAAAUUCGAGUGGAAGAGGGAUUCGAGUGCAAGCGACGAGUUCUUGGAGGAUCAAUCCGCCCGUGGCACGCGAUGGGCUGUUCUACUCGCUGGCUCAGCUGGAUAUUGGAAUUACAGACACCAGGCGGAUGUUUGCCAUGCGUAUCAACUCUUGAGGAGGGGAGGUAUGAGAGAAGAGAAUAUAGUGGUGUUCAUGUAUGACGACAUCGCGAAUAACUUUGCGAAUCCCCGGCCUGGAGUCAUGAUAAAUCACCCCAAUGGAGACAACGUUUAUGCGGGUGUUCCAAAAGACUACACUGGAGAUCAAGUCACAGUGAACAAUUUUCUGGCAGUCCUUCGCGGGGAUAAAGAAGCUCUUCAAGGCGGCAGUGGAAAAGUUGUGGAAAGUGGUCCAAAUGAUCAUAUCUUUGUGUUCUACUCGGAUCAUGGGGGUCCUGGCGUACUUGGUAUGCCGGUCACUCCGUAUUUAUAUGCUGUUGAUUUGGUCACAACUCUCCAAGAUAUGCACGACAACAAUAAGUACAAGGAAAUGGUGCUUUACAUUGAAGCUUGUGAGAGUGGCAGCAUCUUUGAGGGAUUACUUCCAAAAAACUUAAACAUCUUCGUGACAACGGCAUCCAACGCUGUUGAAAGCAGCUGGGGAACCUACUGUCCAGGAAUGGAGCCUUCUCCACCACCAGAGUAUGAUACUUGCAUCGGAGAUCUUUACAGUGUGGCCUGGAUGGAAGACAGUGAAGUACACAAUCUCGACCAUGAAAGGCUGAAGGAUCAGUACAACACUGUAAAAGCGAGAACCUCUGACGCGAAUACUUAUAGAAUGGGAUCCCAUGUUAUGAAGUAUGGAGACACGAACAUGGACAAGGAAAGGUUAUCCUUGUAUCUCGGGUUUGACCCGGCCAACGCCAAUUUGACUUCCUACAGUGAAAAAGCUGUAGAAUUGCUGCCCGUCGGGCUCAAGCUUUUUCUCCAAGACAAACCGGCUUCAAGCAUUGGCCAGCGUGAUGCCGACUUGCUACAUUUCUGGCAGAAGUACAAAAACUCCAAGGAAAAUUCACUAGAGAAGUCCAAGGCAUUGCAAGAGUUCCUGGACGUGAUAGGAAGGCGUACGCAGAUUGACAGGAGCGUGGAACUUGUGGGAAGCGUUCUGUUGGGCUCAGAAUCUGCCUCCCAAAUCCUCAACUCCGUGAGACCCGAGGGACAUCCACUUGUCGAUAAUUGGGAUUGUCUCAAGGAAAUGGUUCGAGUCUUCGAGACCAAGUGUGGACCUCUCGGACAGUAUGGGAUGAAGCACAUGAGAGCGUUUGCGAAUCUUUGCAAUGCGGGUGUCGAUCCCGAGAGGAUGAAAUCAGCAGCAGGAGCUACGUGUGGUGGUAUCUCUUACGUAGACGGUCAUGAUACCGCAAGCCAUUCAAGUUUCUAAGCACGCAAGCCAUUCAAUCUUCUAGGCAAGUAAGCGAUCAAAGUUUUGCAUUUAACAGAAGACUAGAUAGAAAGAUAGAUCAUCUUCUAUGUAGCUACGUUGAUAGCAUAACUUCUCCUCCUUCCACUUGUAAAAACCUUAUCUACAGGGAAUUCAUGAAGAACUUUGAAGAA